AUGGUUUCCAAGACUUUCAACGUCGGUGUCGUCGGCUACGGCAUGUCUGCCAAGAUCUUCCACAUCCCCUUCAUCAGCCAGACCCCGUCUCUCCGACUUCAUGCCAUCGUCCAGCGCAACCCGCGCGAGGGCAACUCUGCGCCCACGGACCACCCUUCGGCCCGCCACUUCAGCGACGUAAAGGAUCUCCUGGCCGACGCUGACACGGACGUCAUCGUCAUCACCACCCCACCGGACCAGCACUUUGCCCUGACCAAGGCGGCCCUCGAGUCGGGCAAGCACGUGCUGACGGAGAAGCCGUUCGUGCCUACGGCUGCCGAGGCGGAGGAGCUGAUCGCCCUGUCAGAGGCCAAGGGCCGUCUGAUCUGCGUGUUCCAGAACCGUCGGUGGGAUGCCGACUUCCUCACCGUCAAGCACCUCCUAGAGAAGGAGACCCUGGGCCGCAUCCUCGAGUUCAACUCCCACUUCGAUCGGUACAAGGCGCCCUCGGCCGCCGCCCGCGCUGACUGGAAGGGCCGCCUAGGCAUUCCCCAGGCCGGCAGCACUCUGUACGAUCUUGGCACCCACCUGAUCGACCAGGCCUACGUGCUCUUUGGCCUCCCCAGGUCCGUCAGGGGCCGCCUCAUCAACCAGAAGGAGGGUAAGGCUCUCGACGAUUUCAGCCCCGACGCCGUCACCGUCGAGCUAUCCUACCCCGACGGCAAGACGGCCAACCUUCGCAUGAGCGCUCUCAGCGUCGAGACCUCCCAGCCCCGCUUCUGGGUUCGCGGCAUCAAGGGCGCCUUCCACAAGUACAACCUCGACCCCCAGGAGGACCAGCUCAAGGCCGGUGCCCUUCCUGGCUCCGCAGGCUUUGGCAAGGACGACCCCGAGAACCUCAAGCUUACGCUUGCCGAUGACCAGGGCAACGUCAAGGAUGUUCCCGCCCCUGACCUCGAGCCCGAGACCUACACGGCCUUUUACGCCGCCUUUGCCGAUGCCCUGGCCUCAGGAGCACCUGACAAGGUUCCUGUCAAGGCUAGCGAAGCCCGUGACGUGCUUAAGAUUAUCGAGGCGGUACUUGAGAGUGCUAGGUCGGGCAGAGACGUGACAUUUUAG